UGGAUCCUUCUCCACACGGCCUUCGCAGUAUACAAUCUCUUCUUUCACCCUCUCCGAAAAUACCCCGGUCCAAAGCUGGAUGCAGCGUCACAGCUUGUGUAUGUCUAUUAUAUGGUGAAAGGGGACAGCUGCAAGCAUCUCGCAAGACUUCACGAGAAGUAUGGCGAGGUCGUCCGAGUCGGCCCCAACGAGAUCUCAUAUUUGACGGUGUCAGCCAACAAAACGAUAUUUGGAAACAAACCCACGGAGGAAACUACUUUUGAAAAGAAUCCGGCUGUUUACAUCCAGGGAUCGGGGAUGUCGGACAAUCUUUUGUUUGCCAGCACCCGCGAACAUCCCCGGUUCAAGAAACUCAUGGCCCCAGCAUUCUCCGAUCAGGCGAUCAAAGAACAAGAGCCAACAAUUCAACAGUUGACCAGUAUCAUGAUAGACUCAUUGCGCCAUAAUAGAUCCGGUGAAGCAUAUUAUCCAAAUGCUGAUGGGGUAGCGAAUAUUGGGGCUUGGUGCAACUUUCUCGUUUUCGACAUCUUGAGCGCCCUUUCGUUCGGGAAACCUGUUGGUUGCUUGGAAUUGGCAGAUUACCACGAAUGGACUGAUGUUAUCUUUGGGACCAUGAAGCACGCUCACUUUAUUACUCCAAAUGUUGAUUCCCGGAAGAAAAUAAGUGACCCCUCCGAGAGACACAUGGAAAAUGUCCGAAAGUAUGUACGAGCACGCGAGAAAGCGGAUGCUGUUUCUCAUGCGGAUUUUGCUUCCUAUAUCUUGAAAGGAAUGUCGGAGGACGAGAUGGUCGACAAUAUUAACAUCCUCGCAACCGCCGGCACCGAGACAACGGCCACAACUCUUUCGUCGCUGUUCUACUAUUUAACCCACAACCCCAAUAGCUACCAGAAACUCGUGGCAGAGAUUCGCUCUACUUUCACGCACGAAGAUGAAAUUACUUUCAAUGCUAUUGGUAGCCUAAAGUACCUGAAAGCUGUCAUCCAGGAAACCUUUCGUAUUCACCCCUCUGUUCCUGUUGGUUUCCAUCGCAUCACCCCCAAGGCCGGCGGCUACAUUGACGGUCGAUGGGUUCCUGGUGGGACAUGGGUUUCAGUAGCCCUCCUCGCCGCUUACAGGUCGCCAAGAUACUGGCAGCGCCCGGAAGAGUUCAUUCCGGAAAGAUGGCUGGGUGACCCUGAGUUUGCCUCAGACAAUCGUCAGAUUUGGGCACCGUUCUCAAUUGGCCCAAGAAAGUGCAUCGGAAUGAACUUGACGUACUUGAACAUGCGGUUGAUAGUAGCUCGUUUGCUUUGGAACUUUGACUUUGAGGCGCAGCUGGACAACAUCGAUCCGCAUAAACUAAAGGAAUACGGGGUUUGGCAAGGCCAUGUUCCGCUGAACCUACAGAUCCAUGACGCACGAGCGUCACGAACUGGAGCAUAG